AUCUGCAGCUAGUGGCUCGCUGACGGUCAUCUAAGCCCCUCAAAUGCAAAUAUAAAGUGUAACUUGAGGCUGUCCAGAUUGGAGAGGACCGGUGCCUUCAGUCCGCUGCAGCCGCGGUGACUUCCGUUCCGCAGAAGGCGUCAAGGCGAGAGGCAGUCAGCAGCCGAGACGGUGGCGGAGGUCCAGACACAAUAGAGGGUAUGUCAUUUCAAGAAGUUUAAAGUCCAAGGUUCCUGCACUUCUCCAAUCCAGACCGGUAUGUCGGAUGAGGAUUCCCGUGCCAGCACCAGCUCUUCCUCAUCUCCCUCCUCCUCUAGCCAGAACAGACAGAGGGACACGCCUUGCAAGAAACGCGAGAGCAAAGCCAGCAUGAGCAAGACCUCCAAGCUGCUUUCCACCAGCGCCAAAAGGAUUCAGAAAGAGCUGGCUGAUAUCACACUGGACCCUCCGCCAAACUGCAGUGCUGGUCCUAAAGGAGACAACAUCUAUGAGUGGAGGUCGACCAUCCUUGGACCACCGGGCUCCGUGUACGAGGGAGGGGUCUUCUUCCUGGACAUCGCCUUCACACCCGACUACCCCUUCAAGCCCCCCAAGGUCACGUUUCGUACGAGGAUCUACCACUGCAACAUCAACAGUCAGGGUGUGAUCUGUCUGGACAUCCUGAAGGACAACUGGAGCCCCGCCCUCACCAUCUCCAAGGUGCUGCUGUCCAUCUGCUCCCUGCUCACAGACUGUAACCCAGCCGAUCCCCUUGUUGGAAGCAUCGCCACCCAGUACACGACUAACAGAGCGGAACAUGACCGAACAGCCAAACAGUGGACGAAGCGAUACGCCACAUAAGCCCGCACAGGAGGCCAGUGUGUGUGUCGGGGGGGCGGGACGAGGCUGGGGGGAGGGGUCCGGGUGGUUUGUGUUUGGGGGUUAUUUCUAUCUCAGAUUUUUAGUACUUUAUUGUCUGGUAUAUUUUUUGCUUCCUGAUUAAGUUAUCUCCGCAAAUAUGGUAAUAAAGAAAAACAAUGAAAAGGAA